CUUUUUUUUUUUUAUGACAACAUUACCAAGCAACAAUUCUCAUUCAAAUGAUUCAAAUCAGUCUUCACCUUAUACUUCAGAAAUAUCCUUGACAACAAACACAAGCUCGUCGUCAGGACCACCUAUUCCACCCCCACAUCUAGAGAACGUGCAGUUCUAUACUCCUGCGCCUACGAUAAGACAGAACCAAAUGGCAAAUAAAGAUUUUGAUUACCUACCUAGUAGCUCAAUUGACAUGGCCACUGAAGCAAGUAAGCGACGAUCUGAACGGAUAAAUUCGGUAAAUCAAGAAUUUCCUCCUAUUAGUGUGGAAAACAUACGAAAGCUAAGAGACGAAUCAGAACAAUCCAAAGAUCCAUCACGUCGGCUAUUCUUUGCUCGUUAUCUGCUAUACGCUGCAAGCCACUUGGCUCCAAACCCGGAGUAUCCCGAACGAACAGAGCAAUUGAAAAAUAACCUACAGGGGGAAGCAGUGAAGAUCAUAAAGAAACUAGCAUCCUACAAGACGGGAUGUGCAGAGGCACAACUCUUCUUGGGUAACUGUUAUGGUAACGGCGAUCACGGCCUUAAACCAGACGUCGAUAAGGCGUUUGCCCUUUACCUUCAAGGAUCCAAACAAAACCACCCGGAAUGCACAUACCGUGUCGCUGUGUGUUAUGAACAUGGACUAGGGACCAAAAGAAACUAUCGUCAUGCCAUGCAGUUUUAUAAAAAGGCUGCAAACUUAUCUGAUCCUUCUGGUAUGUAUAAGCUUGGACUCAUUCUCCUGGACGGACUCGUCGGACAACAAAAGAAUCCUCGUGAAGCCAUAUCGUGGUUUUUAAGAGCUGCUCAGAUCGCUGACGAAAAUCACCCAGAGGUUCUACAUCAGCUUGGACUCAUACAUGAAAAGGAAAGCGAUAUUCCAUCAGUCAUCCCAGACGUGGAUUACGCACGAGAGUUGUUCAGUCAGGCUGCCGUCUUGGGUUACGCUCCUUCUCAGUAUAAACUCGGCUGGGCAUACGAAAACGCUGGUUUGAACUGUCCUACAGAUCCAAGGAGAUCCAUCGCUUGGUACUCGUGUGCAGCAGAACAAAAUGACGGAGAGGCAGAACUUGCUCUCUCUGGUUGGUGCUUUACCGGUGCAGACGGCAUCCUACCCCAGAACGAUACCGAAGCUUAUCUUUGGGCUAAAAAGGCGGCAGAAAAGGACCUGCCAAAGGCAGAAUAUGCUAUGGGGUACUAUACAGAAAUGGGUAUCGGCGUGCCUAAAGAUUUGGAUAAAGCGAAACGUUGGUAUACAAAAGCAGCUAGCCAUGGAGACGAAAAGGCGAUUCAACGAUUAAAGGCGUUAGAGCAAUCAAAAGGUACAUCAUUAAAAAGACGUCCGACUAGAAACAAGAAUGGCAAACCUAUAGCUAAAAAUUUGGAUUGUGUUCUGAUGUAAAGAGAGAAAAAAGUUUUUAUCCUAUAUAGAUUCAAUAAUAAAUUACUCGUAUGUUUUCGUA